UGUAAGCUUACUGUCCCGCACGCUGCUCCAUAAUUAUUUUCCAUGUAGACAACAUACCCAUUUUGCCGUCACAUCUCUACAAAAUUCAAAAGAAGGCACACUAUCUUCAAUAUGCCAUCCGGAACAGCUCCUCCAGCUGCGGGUGCGCAAGCCCAAGAAGGCGGUAUGGGUGUGAGUCUCUCCAAAAGCUAGCUAAUAAAAUCUACUAACAAAAUCAUGAACAGCCUGUGGUCAAAUCCGCCGUGCAGGGCAUUGCCAUCUUCGUUGGCAUGCAAUUCUUGAUGAAGCAAAUAACUGGGAAUAAAGGGCCUGCGACUACUACUACAACCGAUGCUUCAGGGGCAGUUAUGAAUGUGCCAGCAAACAACGGUGAAAUCCCACCGUAUCAUGCACGACCCGAUAGAUUAAACGAAGGUGCAGUAUGGAGUCCUAUUCCCCAAAGAAUUGCACCUAUGUGGCCUACGGAUAGCCCUCUUGAUAUCACCAUCGUUGUAUCUCCAACUUUUGUUGCUGAGCCAAUCGCAAAGAUCCCGAGGGAGAGAAUCGUACUGGAUGAAACGGGAUUCAUAUUUGGAGAUUACAACGCACGUCGAUCGAUUGAUACGAGUUUUGAUGUACCUUCCGAGGUACAGAACAAUGGUACACUUUGGGGUCACUUCUAUAUCGGAAUUUCUGGAAGCAAGUUGGAUCCUGCUACUCCCGGAUAUGAUCCUACCAGGGCAUUUCACUUCGUGCAUCCUUUGACACAAUACAUUGCGCAAAAAAAAAUGAGGAAAACCAAGAACCUUUUGGCAGCAGCCGAAGAGACGGAUGAGGUAAGUUCCUUAACAUCCAGACGUAAAAAGACUACACUAACGAGUCAACAGCCUGAAGAAGAAAUUCCUAGCGGACCAGUAAUCAAAUCACACUAUCAUCCUAACUUUACAAUGUCAUUCAUUCCGGAUUCUGGCGUCAUGGACUUUCCAUCUCUACAUCCUGCUGUUCGUCAAUACGUUCAUUUGGAGGCGAGCGGAUCCAGAGACGGUACUGGACUUAAUGGAUGGUACUAUCCACUACUUUUUGUCAACACCUUUUGGCAGUUGAAGACUCACAUGACAGUUCUAAAUUCGACGGUCACAAGACUUCCUAUGCACAUUGACCUUCAGAACUUCGCUAAUUGGAAGUUCACCUUGAUGGCAAGUAUGGAGGAAGGCGCAAAACAAACUGCCAGAAAUGCCGCCCAAGGACAAGCACCACCCGGUGGUGGAGAUGGUUCUGAGUUCGAAAUGAUCAAGGAAGUCUUAUUAGACACUAAUAUUUAUCUUUUGGCUACCACGAUUAUUGUUAGUAUUUUCCAUAUGAUCUUCGAGAUGAUGGCCUUCAAAUCCGAUAUCAGCCAUUACCGAAACAAGAAGAACAAUGUCGGAAUUUCAGUUCGUUCAAUCCUCGGCAACGUCUUCAUGCAAGGUGUUAUUUUCUUGUACUUGAUGGAUAAUAAUGAGAAUACCAGUAAGUUGAGCUUUUGGCCCAUAAUUAUGAAUAUGUCACUUACUAGAUAUCUAGGUUGGAUGAUUUUAUUCACUCAAGGAAUGGGAAUUGUUCUCGAGUUUUGGAAAAUCACCACCGUUGUCAAUGUUCGUAUUCGCAAUGCGCCAAAUUCGAUCAUACCUUAUCGCAUCGCUUUUGAAGACAAACAUGUCCUUUCCGAGACAGAAGAGAAGACCAAGGAGUAUGAUGCAGUUGCUUUCAAGUAUAUGUACAUGAUUGCUGUUCCUCUUCUCAUCGCUUACGGAGCAUACUCCUUGAAAUACGAAAGUCACAAAUCCUGGUACUCUUUUGUAAUCGCAACUCUUGUCGGAUCCGUCUACGCGUAUGGUUUCUUGAUGAUGGUCCCUUCAUUAUACAUCAACUAUCGUCUCAAGAGUGUUGCACACAUGCCAGGUAGAGCUAUGAUGUACAAGUUCUUGAAUACCUUCAUCGAUGACCUUUUUGCAUUCACGAUUAAGAUGCCAACCUUACAUCGCUUGGCGACACUCAGAGAUGACGUUAUCUUCUUCGUUUAUCUUUAUCAGAGCUGGAAGUACAAGGUUGACUACACAAGAGUCAAUGAGUUUGGACAAGGCGGUGAUGAUGAGGAGGUUGAAGAGAAAAUCGCCAACAAACCUUUGAAGAGUAUUACGGGCGCUGAUGCAAGCGCCAAGGUGGGAAUUGAAGGUGCUAAGGUAGCUGAAAAGAAGGCGGAUGAACUUGUUGGUAAGGCCACGGGAAGCUCUAAGAAAGCUGGAGCAACGAAAAGGAAGUGAUAAUUAUGUCGUGAAAAGAAGUCGUUGAUCUGUACAAUAAAUAAAUGGGACAUAUGCGCAAUUGAUUACUACCUAAUUGUGGGACAGGACAUAGCUAGAGAAAAUCAUGCAGGAGUACAUUUCUCCCAAAGGAUAUCAAAUCAGCCUUAUGAAUCUGGUCAUUAGGUCCAUCUUUGGGUAAACAUCUAGAACACUUCAGACUGAUAACCGCCUC